AUGGGAGCAGAAUUUUGCCCGGCCAAGCACGCAGCUUGUUUGCAGUGUAAAAACAUUGGACAUUUUGCAAGACAGUGCCGUAAGCGCCCUAAUCAGGACCGCCAAUCAACAGUCACACCGAAGCGUAUCCGAACUGUGCAAGGAGAAUCAGUGCAAGAGACAACAAACGAAGAAAACCAAAAUGAAGGAUAUAUUUUCUACGCCAUGGGAAAUAAUACAUUUAGAUUCACUGUGGGUGGGGUGAACAUACCCAUGGUAAUAGAUUCCGGAGCCGCAGCGAAUGUCAUAAGUCAAUCAGCAUGGGAGGAGAUGAAGAGAAAGGGUGUUGCUGUUCAGGAUAUGACUACUACCGUAGAUAAAACACUUUCUGGUUAUGGCACGAAUACGCCAAUGAAGAUAACAGGAAGCUUCACAGCUAUGGUACAAGGAGGAGGCCAACAAACCGAUGCAAAAUUUUAUGUGGCUAAAAGUGGCCAGCAGUGCUUGUUAGGAGAUGAGACUGCUAAAGCACUUCACGUCCUUAAAGUUGGGUUCGGAAUAGGACGCGUGGAAGAAUCAUCGAUGGAGUUUCCUAAAAUCAAGGGAGUAACCGUUGAAAUACCCAUUGAUCACAGUAUUCAACCUGUUCAUCAAGCCUACAGAAGAGUACCAUAUGCGCUCGAGGAUAAGGUCGAAGAAAAACUGAACAUGCCUCUAACUCAAGGUUUCAUAGAGCAGGUUCAUGAGCCAUCUCCGUGGGUUUCUCCGAUGGUCCCCGUUCUCAAGGAUUCCGGUGACAUCCGACUGUGCAUUGACAUGCGUAGGGCUAAUGGAGCAGUUCUACGAGAAACGCAUCCAUUACCAUUGGUGGACGAGAUCUUGGGAUCGGUUGAUGGUGCGACUACGUUCUCCAAGAUCGAUAUCAAAGAUGCCUAUCAUCAACUCGAAAUUUCUAAAGAAUCAAGACCGAUAACAACGUUCAUAACGAAAACUGGCCUUUACAGAUACAAACGACUUAUGUUUGGGAUAAGCUGCGCACCCGAAAUAUUUCAGAAAACUAUGGAAACUAUUCUAGCGGGAUUAGAAGGUAUAAUUGUCUAUCUUGACGAUGUAGUAGUGUAUGGUUCAACUAAAGAGGAACACGACAAACGACUACAGGGAUUACAAAAUCGGCUUAAAGAAUAUGGCGUGUUGCUCAAUCAUCAAAAAUUUGUAUAUGGGGUUCCUGAGCUCGAGUUCCUUGGUCAUGUGUUGAACGAGAACGGAGUUAAGACCACAGAAGAUCGGCUGGCAUCUAUCAAAGGUUUUCGAGAGCCAAGAAAUGCACCAGAACUUAGAAGUUUUCUAGGACUGGUGACAUACAUCGGUCGGUCGUUCCCAAUCUAGCUGCGAAAACAGAACUUCUUAGACAGCUUCUACGCACGGGGAAUGUUUUCAUAUGGAAACAGCAGCAGCAAAUGGCUUUUGAAGCCAUCAAAACUGCUGUCAGUAAUAUCGGUUAUUUGGGUUUCUUCAACAAAACUGGUAAGAUAAAAUUGAUAGCCGACGCUAGUCCGGAAGGUUUGGGUGCAGUCCUUCUACAGGAAAAUAACGAAGGCACGUCCAAGAUUAUUGCCUUUGGUAGCAAAGCUCUCACUGAUCUUGAAAGAAAAUACUUUCAAACGGAACGGGAAGCUCUGGCGAUCGUAUGGGCUGUGGAAAAAUUUAAGCUCUAUUUACUAGGAACGAAAUUCUCACUUAUCACCGAUUGUAAGGCGCUGAAGUUCCUAUCAACCCGAGAUCUCGCCCCUGUCCACGAAUAGAGCGUUGGGUACUAAGGUUGCAGGCCUAUAAUUACGAUAUCAUCCAUGAGCCAGGUGCUAGUAAUUUAGCCGAUACUCUUUCACGGUUGUCAGUGUCCUCCCCCACAGCAUUCGAUAAAACAUCAGAAGUUUACAUUCGCCAACUAGUUGAAUUUGCUGUGCCAGACGCAAUUGUUUUGAAGGAUGUCGUCGACGCAACUAAAGAAGAUAAAACACUUCAAGAAGUGAUCCAAGCAUUGACUACAGAUCUGUGGCCAGAAACAGCCAAAGCAUAUAAAUGUUUCAAGUCAGAGUUACAUACAUCAGAUGGCGUUGUUAUGCGCGGAGACAGGCUGGUAAUUCCAGAAAAACUCCAUUUCCACAUCAUGGCAUGCGCUCGCGAGGAUCAUCCAGGCGUGACAGUCAUGAAACGCAGGCUUAGACAAAAAGUCUGGUGGCCAAAAUUAGAUAUGGAAGUGGACAAAUAUGUCAAAAGCUGCAACCUUUGUACCCUUGUUUCAACAACCACUCCUCCAGAACCGAUGCAAAGGACGAAGAUGCCAACAAAAGCGUGGUCCGAAAUUGCUGUUGACUUCUUAGGACCCCUCCCCACCGGACAUAAUCUUCUGGUACUGAUAGACUAUUUUAGCCGUUUUGUAGAGGUAGUAGUCAUGAAACAAAUUACGGCAGAUCUUACAGUAAAAGCACUUUUCGAAACAUUUUCCCGAUUUGGUGUUCCAGAAGUUCUACGUUCAGAUCAUGGUCCACAAUUCAUCAGCGAUUCUUUGAGGCAAUUUUGCAAGGAGUUUGGCAUUGAGCAACAAAAGACUACUCCAUACUGGCCACAAGCGAAUGGAGAAGUGGAACGCAUGAAUAACACUAUUUUGAAGCGUUUGCGCAUAAGCCAAGAAACAAGCCAAGGGGACUGGAAAUGGGACCUAAGAAAUUUUCUACUUAUGUAUAAUUCAACGCUCCAUACCAUAACAGGAAUAGCACCCUCAAGCUUAAUGUUUGGCAGAAUCUUGAGAGAUGAACUACCUAGCAUUAAUGAAUCAGCAGCACUACUUACAGAAGGCGUGAGAGAUCGCGAUUGGAUGAAGAAAUUAAAAGCAACGGAACUGUGUGAUACUCGUAGGCAAGCUAGAAAAAACAACUUGGUAGAGGGUGAUCUAGUGGUAGCGAAACGUACUGUAAAAGAAAACAAACUGUCAAGCAACUUCAGUCCGGAACUGUAUGAAAUUGUAAAACGAACAGGGACAGAGGCAGAAAUACGAUCCAAAAGUAGCGGGAAAAUAUACAAUCGGAAUGUCUCACAUCUGAAGCCUAUUCAUCCUGAAGGACCUAAGGGCUCGGAAGAAUUGCUAACUCAAACGGAUCCAAAGGAUAUUACCGAAGAUCAACCAACUUCAACUGAGCAACUAGUGGAGAAACCACGUAGUUGCCGAGAACAAAAGCUUCCUAGUUAUUUACAAGAGUAUGUAACGAAUGUUGAGGUAAAUCCUAAGUAAGGGGGGAGUGUGGUAUUCAGAAACAGACCAACCCAACAUAGAUGCACUAUGGUUCAAGAAUGUGUGUGAAACCAGACUAUACACGGGAAGACUCUACCGACUGAUUGAGUAGAGAUCGAAGCGGAUUGGAAGUCUAACGUUGAGAGAAUAAAAGUGCGUGAUAUCAAGUCGUAAA